GAAGCAGAGUAGAAGGAGAAGAAAAGAAAAAGCAUGAGCAACAACGGCACAGGUGACAAUUCCGAGGUGUAUCGCUUGCAAAAGACUCGAGGUGGCAUAACAGCAGGAUCGGUAGAUUCGCGUCAAGAGAAAGUUUCCAAGUUGUCGAGCAUUGUCACGGAAACGAUAGGCGGGAAGCGGCAAGCGAACAACGGCGAACGGCGAAACAUCGACGCGAUGGUGGAAGUUUUGUCGGAGCCGUGUGGCCAGGAAACGGCGGUACUGGAAAACGGCUUCAACCCCCACGAGAACGUGACCGAACGUCUGCCACGGGAGAAUCUUUACGAGUCGAUCUUGGAGGAGCCGAAACUCAGCCCGAUCCAGAGCUUCUACAACGGGCAAAGCAUCUUCGUGACCGGUGGCACGGGGUUCAUGGGCAAGUUGCUGAUAGAGAAGCUUCUUCGAGAAUGCCCCGGAAUCUCGUGUAUCUAUUUGUUGAUACGCCCGAAGAAGGGAAAGGACAUGCAUCAACGCGUCGAAGAAAUUUUCGACGAUCCGCUCUUCGACAAAGUGAAGGAGAAGGUUCCGAAAUUUCGGCAUCAGAUCGUCGCGAUUGCCGGGGACUGCUGCGAACCGGGUCUCGGCCUUUCCCCCACGGACAGAUCGACGAUAACGCGACAAGUGUCGAUCGUUUUUCACGUCGCGGCGACGGUCAGAUUCGACGAGAAAAUGAAAUUGGCCGUACCGAUCAACGUCCGCAGCCCCAGAGACACGAUAGAUCUCUGCAAGGAGGUGACCUGCUUGAAGUCGUUCGUACACGUGUCGACGGCGUACGCAAACUGCCCGCACGAUUACAUCGAGGAGAGAGUGUACGACCCGCCCAUGGAAGCGAACAAGUUGAUGACUCUGGUGGACUGUUUAGACGAGAAACUGAUCGACGAAAUCACUCCGCGACUACUAGGUAACUGGCCAAACACCUACACCUUCACUAAAGCGAUAGCCGAAAGCAUCAUCGAAAAAGAGGCCGGCGAUAUGCCCGUUGGAAUAUUCCGUCCUGCGAUCGUGGUAUCGACGUAUCGAGAACCUCUACGUGGGUGGAUCGACAACUUGUACGGACCGACCGGUGUCGUGGCUGGUGCAGGUAGCGGAGUCCUGCGAUCGAUUCAUUGCGACGGAUCGAUACAAGCCAACGUGGUACCCGGUGAUCUGACAGUGAACGCUUUGAUCGCCUGCGCCUGGGACGUUGCGAAACGUCGAGAAGCCACCGCUACCGCUACCAACACGGACCAAAAGAAGGAGAAUAAUAUACCGGUUUACCAUUACGUCUCGACGGACAAUCCUAUAACGUACGAGCAGUUGAAAUGUAUGUCCGAAAAAUAUGGUCUCCAAUUUCCUACCGAAAAAGCGAUAUGGUACUACAGCUUUCGAAACACCAAGUACAAAUUGGUGCACUUCUUCUACGUCUACUUUUUACAUCUACUACCGGCGCUCUUGAUCGAUACCGUCACGCUUUGUUUAGGAAAACAACCGAGAAUGCUGAAGAUCUACAAAAAGAUACACAAGUUCAUGGACGUGCUGAAAUAUUUCGCGACGAAGGAAUGGAAGUUUUCCAACGACAAUUUUAAAGCGCUACUGAACAAAAUGACUCCUGAAGAUUACAAGGAACACUUUGCCUGCGAUAUCAAAAAUGUUAAUUGGGAUCGUUACUUCCAAACGUACGUGAAGGGGAUUCGCAUUUAUCUGAUAAAGGACCCCCUGGACACACUUCCGCAGGCGCUAGUUAAAUGGCAGAGAUUGUACUGGAUUCAUCAGGCGUUGAAAUUAAUCGUCGCCUACGGUGUUCUACGGAUAUGUUGGCUAGCCGCGUUUCAUAUGUUCCGGGGUUACGUAUGGAAAUCUACGUACGCCCGUAUUUCGACUGUCUUUUAUACGUGUACAUUUGUUGUAUUUUACAUUUCCAAGAAGAGGCCGAUCGAGAAACGGCAGCCACAGAGAGAACUAACGCAACCGGGGGUGAAAAGGGUUCGAGAAAUGAUCGAGGAGAACGCGUCGCUGGUUGAAACGUUUUACGCUGGUCAGAGCGUGUUGGUGACAGGAGGGACCGGAUUCCUGGGAAAACUGUUGAUCGAGAAACUGCUUCGAACGUGCACGGGGAUCAAGCGCGUUUACGCGUUGGCACGCUCGAAAAAGAAUGAAUCGGCGCGUGAACGUUUCGAAAGAAUAUUCGACGAAGCCGUAUUCGAUCGUCUCAGAGAGAAGGUACCGAAGUUUCGUCAGAAGUUCCGGGUUGUUUCCGGCGACUGUGCGUUGCCCGGACUUGGUUUGUCAUCGGAAGACGUGGAUUUGUUAACGCGGGAGAUCUCGGUGGUGUUCAACGUAGCGGCCACUGUGCGAUUCGAUGAAAAAUUAAAAAAGGCGAUCGCGGUCAAUGUGACCGGGACGAAGGAACUGAUGGACCUGUGCAAACGAAUGCCGGCCUUACAGGUCGUGAUACACGUAUCGACCGCCUACAGCAAUUGCAAUCGCAAGAAUGUCGCUGAGAAAUUUUACCCCGCUCCUAUAUCCGCUGAAGACACGAUGGAGUUGGCCGUGAAUUUGACGGAGCAGGAACUGAAUCGUCUGACGAAAACGCUGCUAGGUACCUUUCCGAAUACGUACGUUUAUACAAAGUGCAUUGCGGAACAAUUGGUGCGCCGAUACGGAAAGGAUUUGCCUGUUGGAAUAUUUCGUCCCGCCAUAGUGCUCUCGACGUACAAAGAGCCGAUAGAGGGUUGGGUGGACAACGUGUACGGACCCACCGGAGGUCUCGCAGCGGCUGGUAUCGGCCUCAUGAGGACCAUGAACAUGGAUAAGAACUGCGUCGCUGAAUUGAUCCCAGCCGAUUACACCGUCAAUGCUCUUAUCGUUAUCGCUUGGGCAGUUGCGACGAAGCGUUACAGUAGCACCGGAAGUGAUCCUCCUAUCUAUAAUUAUCAUUCUUCGUGGGGUACCACCGGCAUCACCUGGGGUCGAUACAUGAAUCUUGCUGUGAAACAUGGAAGGCAAGUCCCAAGUGUUCGUAGCGUCUGGUGCUACACAUUCACCCCCGCUAAGAGUAUUUACGCGUACUUCGUCUUGAUCGUGCUCCUCCACUUGCUACCCGCCACGCUCGUUGAUAUUGCGAGAAUCAUUACUGGCAAAAGACCUAGAAUUCUAAAAAUGUACAAAAAACUGCACAAAUUCUGCGCUGUUACCAGCUACUUUGGUACACACGAAUGGAACUUCUCUUAUGACAAUACCAAGAAUCUUUGGGAUAGCCUUUGUCCGACCGAUCAAGCUCUGUUUACGUUUUCGAUGAGCAAAUUUGACUGGGAUGAUUUCAUGUACAAAUGCGUGCGCGGACUGAGGAUACACAUUUUCAAAGACGAUCCGAGCACGAUAGAUCGCGCGAAACUGCGAAUGGCCAGAUUCACCGUUCUCCAUUAUCUUCUCAAGUACACUGUCUUCCUCUUCGUCAUUUGGUUUUCUUAUUAUACCGCGUACAUACUUUACGACGCGUUUAUCGCUAUUCGCGUUACUGCUGCUAAUCGACUGUUUCAGGUUCCCGAUACUUGUAUCGCGUGACGCGUUUUUCCUGCUCGUAAGAUAACG